CUACUAUACUUAUAACUGAGGAAUGAAUUUAUUUCGGAUUGAAAAUCGACUUCUGACAUUUUGGGCUACCGUAUAAAAAUAAUUAUUUUGUCUUUCAACAAAUAAUGCAUGAAAAAGUUGGAAUUGUCUGUUGCAUUUUAUUUGAGCUGUUGGACCGCUCUAUGUUGAAUGGUGUUUAAAAUAUACUUGUUUGUUUGUCUGCUUUCCACUUAGCCGGUAGCCAUUCGCCUUAGCCGCCAUGAAACGAGACAACGCAGGAAACAACCAAGAUGGUCCUCCGUCGAAAUUCCAGCGUUCUUCCGUUGAUUUAACCAAUGUUUCCAUCAGAUUUCUUAUUCCUGGGAGGGCUGCAGGGAUAAUGAUUGGGAAGGGUGGGGAAAAUAUCAAAAAAAUACGGUCACAGUAUAACGUCAAGCUGAAUAUUCCCGACAGCAGAGGCCCUGAACGGAUAAUGACUAUCGAAGGUGACCUGCAGGCCAUCUGCAGCAUCAUGCGCGACGUUUGCCCGAAGCUGAAGGAUAUAAUGAAUGCCAAACUUUCCGAUCCCAAACGUAUAAUGGGUACCCAAGGAUCUCGACGCCGCCCAAGACGAAGUGAAGACCCAGAACGAGAUGAUGAGGAAGACGAAAACAUGAUUGACUUCAGAAUCUUAGUGCACGAAAGCCAGGCUGGGUCUGUAAUCGGUCGAGGCGGUGAACGUAUUAAGGACCUUCGUGAUAAGUACAAAAUGCGUGUUAUUAAGGUGUAUCAGAUGUUGGCUCCAUUAUCUACUGACCGAGUUGUACAGAUGGUCGCUGACCCAGACAAUGUCGUCCAAUGUUUGAGAGCUGUGAUAGAAGCAGUGGAGUCUGCUCCUCCUCGUGGUCGCCGUGAAGAUUAUGACGCUGCCAACUUCAGUGAGGGUGAUGCCCUCAAUUAUGGUGGUUGGUUGUCUCGGGAAGCUGCAGCAGCACUAGCUCAGGGGAUGCCCCUCCGUGGGCCUGGGUGCAUGCCACCGAUGGGUUAUAAUAUGGGAGGUCCGUAUAUGAUGGGUGGUGGUGACAUGGGGCCGAUGGGCGGCGGCAUGGGCCCUAUGGGAGGAGGAAUGGGUCCCAUGGGUGGCGGGCCAGUUCCGGGAGGUCGUGGUAGAGGGCCUCGCUCCGGUGGCGGAAUGAUGGGUGGAAACGCACCUCUCGCGCAAAGCCAACGAGGAAUGAUGGGCUCUUCAGGCCCAGCACCCGUCCCCCCUCCUGCCGGUCGUAACAGCUCUAUGGGUCCUCCAGGUGGUUAUAGUAGUUCUGCAGACGGAGGCUACGGUGGUCAAGGUGGAUAUGACGGUUCAGGAGGAUUCGACAACGGAGUGUACGGAGGCAUUGACCAAACUGGACAGGGAGGAUUCAGUGGCCCUGGAUACGGUGGAUCGGGCAACAUGGCUUCCGGAGGUUAUGGUAGUUCUGGGUAUGGUGGAAGCCAGCGCGGAUCAGGCGACAUGGCAGGUGGUCAAAGUGCUCCCCGUGGCGGCACCUAUGGUGGGUAUGGAAGUAUGGGAUCUGGAGAGCAUGUUGGAGGCAAGGCCAGCCAGUGGUAUGGCGGAUGGUCUUAAACACUUACUUGCAUUUAAUUUCAGUAAAAUAUAUCUGUUAAUAAUUAACAUAAUCACCUGUUGGUUCUUAAUAACGUGCAGAUAAGAUAGAGUCUUUGGUUUGUGUUCAUUGCAUCAACUGAGAGUAGUUUGCAGUUAAAUGAGAGCGUUAUGUUGCGGAAUGUUUGACUUGGAGUCCAUGCGGACGUUAAUAUGACUAGUCUUCAAAGAAAUGACAAUCCAUUUGGUGUUAGCUUGUGCAAUGCGCUCGUGAAAAUACGGAGAUAGAUCGCUGGAACAAAACUAGAAUGGUUAGGGCGUUUCAUACGAUCAGUUCUUCCUACGUAGAAGCAGAGUGGUCCGGUUGUUUUGUCUAAAUCCUGUUGCAACCGGUGAAUAAGGUUUCUUUAUCGUGCGUUAGGACGUGGCAAAUGUGUGGUUCGGCACGCCUCCUACAAGUAGUGCCAGAAAUAAAGAUGGCUUCCUAUUGAUGUCGCAAGGGUGUUGGUCUGUCGCAUCUUGUGCAAACUGGGGGUGGGCGGAGUUCCGGUUAUGACUUGAGUGCGCUAAUCGUGUGAAUGAUGGAAGGGUCCCAACCUAUGAUAGGACAUGGAGUGACCAGUGGAGAUUAUGGUUGUGAGAUGCGUUUGUUUAGUAUUCUUAUCGUGGUCGUUAUUUAUAUUAAGUGUAUUCUUAGCGAUAUUUUUUACAUAGGUGGGAUGCGCUGUCAUGGCUUUGUAUUUGUUCAUUUCCCAUAGCAGGUUUAUCGCUAGUUUUCUCAUUGUGUAAAAUUGUCUACUAAUCUGCAAUGUGGGAUAAACAAUUUCUAUGUCUGGGAAUACGUUGGUAUUGCGAUAUCGCUGCGAGUCUCGGUAAUCUCCAUUAUUUAGAGGUAUCAGUUUCGAGGACGUUACCUAAUUGUCUGACCAUGCUGAAAGCGGACCUGCAGUUUUGAAACCAGGGUUAGGUCACUUUUACACUAUUGGUAUCGUGGUGCGUGUAUACUUAAUAUUUCGUUGUGAACACUACUUGUUUGGGUAGGUUGUUAGUUGGUUUACAAUGAAAUGGUUAUAAAUGUCCACUUUCAUAAGACUUAAUCAGUUGGCGGUGCAAAUCCCGGGUACUCUACAAGUGAACUUCCUGCUGUUUCCACUCCAGCCAAGUAAAACACUUUCUUAUACAAAACAUCUAAGAUGCACUAAACAUUAAUAUCUGACUUGUUUAAAUCAUGAGUAUUUGUCAGCUUCCUGCCGGUUUUCGGCAUGGUUGUUGCAAAUUAGCAACAGCUAUAUUGUUUCUCUACUCUGGUUGACAAUUUUAUUGCGUACGACUAGUACUUUGAAGAUAUCGCUUAUUGAAUUCACUGACUUCAUAUCUACCUCUUUGAUCAACUUCAUAAUCGUGACAUUGAAAAGUGAGCACUGUAACACUAACUACUGAUCUCUUGUUGGAAGGUGGUAUAUCGUCUAUUCUUAUGAAUAUUAUUGUUCUGGAUUUUCUUAAGCCAUACACCUAGCAUAAUAAUGUCUUUUAGCUUAUCUCAAUGUGGUCUAGAAUUUUCGGGUAUGGUGAGUUGGUAGCAAUAUGGGUGAUUUUUAGAAAGUUAUGGACAAACUCAAUAUCUUUGUUACUCAACACUCAUUAUAAUUAGCUAUGAUUACAGCCUCACAAUCAGUUGUUUGACAGCCACAUAUUAUCAAAUGUUUUUUUAUAUUGUGAUCUCAUUUGCUAAGAUAUGUCACCAUAUUCUCCAGUUAAUUAAAAGCAAGUCAGCUAGUCAUAUGCAUAUAGAACUUGUUAAUUACAUGUGUAUUGGUUCGAGUUACCACACUACAGUAACACAGGUAAAAUUACCAAGACAAUCGCAGAGUAGCGAAAGUAUCAGUAGUAGUAGAGAUGAUUAGGUAUAAAAUGAAGGAAAAAGAUAUACAAUAUUUUCAUAUAAAGUAUGGAUAGAGUAUGGCAUAGCACCAGUAAGUUUAUAUUUAUUCUAGAAUCGAUAAGAGUGAUUAUGUGGUCAGUAUAUCCUUGACCAGUAGUGAAACAUACCUAAUCCUCUGUAUGAUAGUAUCUUGGAGCUUAAAAAAAUUAAAUUAACAGGAUUUACUUCCUUAUACUUGUCAAGGGAUGUUAUCAGUCCUUAUUUAUAAGCUUAGACUGGUCUAAAGAGACUUUAAGUGUCAUUUGACCUGUAUAUUAGUUUCUCUUAUCAAUAAAUUCAGACUAUAUAUGGGCUUGUCAAAUCAGUUUAAUGGCUAAGUAAUACAGUUCCAAAAUCAUCUGAAGUCGUCAAACGUUAUGGAGGAAGAUCUUAUCAAUUGAUGAAGUUAUUACUUUUAAAAUGAAUGAUGAUUUGUUGAUGUGGUCGGGUGCUGGCUGCUCAGAUGACAGGAAUAUUGACUCGACUACGAAUGAACUGAGAUCAAGAACAACAACAGUAGGUGGAAAAAUAGUUUUCCUUACUCAUUAAGUUACAUACUUACACAUAAAUUAUUAGCAGAAAAACACACGACUUGAUGCCAUAAGCGAUUUGAGGGAAUUUAGUUUUGUCAGCCCCUUACUUUCUAAUUGAAUAAAAUCUGACCGACCUAGUUCUUAUGCAUUAGAUCGAUAAACACUAGAACAUGCUGAUCACAAGGUAUGUGUAUUUAGUUUUAUUUAUAAAAUGUACAACUUUAUUCACAAAUUAUAGUAGUAAUAUUGAUAAUCAUUAUUACCUAAUUGGCCUAUAUCCGCAGAAGAAUCCCAUAAGUUUAUUCUGAAUUGUUGGCUGUUGUAUCUGAACAAGCUAUGAUAUUCAAUCACUAAACCGGUUUUGAUUUUUUUUUUACCUAGAUACUUGAAUCCUAUGUCUGGUCGUCGUGUAAAUAAUAGGUAGAUACAAUUAUUCUAAAUAUGAGUUGGAUUGAUUGUAUUAGGCAGUACGUUUAACUGAAAGAAUGCCUUCAAAAAAGUAGAUUAGUGGACAAAUAAUAUAUUACGUAGCUUUUUGUAUCAAAUAUCAGAUCAAUAACAGUAAAGAUAUUAAAAAAACCUUCAAACUAACUAGUGUUUAACAAGUACCCUUAUUAACAGAUCUUCUGUAGGUUAAGAUUCAGUGGACGCCGAAAUUAAAAAUCAACAGACUGGAUUCCGUAAGGAUAGGUUGUCUUAAGACCAAGUUGCGACACUAUGGAUCAUCGUUGAGCAACUAACUAAAUGGAAUUCGUCACUAUACAUCAAUUUCCUUAGUUAUAAGUAAGGAUUAUGAAGACUUUCACACCUCAGGGGAAGCGCGGAAUGCGAUGGACAGUUUGGAUGCAACUAGACAACUUUGAGUUUGCAGACGACCCAGCUCUUCUAUCCCAUACACACCAACAAAUGCAGAUGGAGACAGCCAGUACAGCAGUAGGCCUCAACAUACACAAGGGAAGAGGCAAGAUCCUCAAAUACAACACAGAGAGCAUCAACCCAAUCACACUUGCCUGGGAAGCUCUAGAAGUGGUGAAAAGUUUUACGUAUCUGGGCUGCAUCAUCGAUGAACAAGGAGGAUCUGAUGCAGAUGUGGAGGCAAGGAUUGACAAAACAAGGGCGGUAUUCCUACAAUUGAUGGACAUAUGGGAUUCAAAACAACUGUCAGAUGAUGUUUUUGAUACGAACGUCAAGACAGUUCUACUGUAUGGAUCUAAAACUUGAAGAACUAAUACACUAAUCAUCGAAUAGUACAAGUAUUUAUAAACAGUUUUCUACACACGAUACUGUAGAUCUGUCUGCCGGAUGUCAUCAGCAACAGCUUACUGUGAGAAAGAAUAAACCAGCUUCCAGUUGAAGAGGAAAUCGGGAAAAGACGCUGGAGGUAGGUAGGACAUAUAUUGUGGAAACCAUCAAAAUGCAGGACGAACCAAGCGAUAACUUGGAAUCCUGAGGAAAAAAGUAAAAGAGGAAGACCAGGAAACACAUUGCGUCGGGAAUCGGUAGCAGACAUCAAAAGGAUGGAUAGCAACUGGGAAGGAUUGUCCAGGACAAAGUUCUAUGGCGAAUCUUAGUCAGCGGCCUAUGCUCCACGAGGGUAACAGGCAUAAGUUAGUAAGUGAGUAAUAAAUCUUCGUUUGUGCCAGUCCUUGUAUCUUUACUUCGUAUCGUAAGGCAUUCAGUGGUUCCUCUUUCUAAGUAUAGAUAGUAGGGCCGCAGAUGGAACAGAGUUGACAUGUACAAAAUAGAGGCGAUGCCAGAUAUAGCGCUUCCGUUAGGAUGUCAUCAGCCCUGAUGUAUGAGAACUUGCUGUUAUAAUUAAAUAACGAUACUUAUCCAAUUUUCUUCUGCAGAACGUCCCAUCCUAUUUUUAAUCGCUCUUGUAAUGCUUCCGAGUUAUUUUUGAGUAUCUCACAUAAACUAUGUUUUGUCAGCAAGCAGUUGUUACACCAAAAGUCAAUUAGUUACAUAAAGUUGACUUUUCGAAAUACAAAUAACGUGAUAGAUAUUGUAAGCAAAGAUGGAUAGUGGUUAGCAGUGGAAUCCAGGACGCACGUUUCGUCCUAUUCCGGACUCGUCAGCUGGAUGUACCUGCAUCUCAGACUUGUUGAUGUUCAC